AUGGUUACCAACAGAGAGCUCGUCUGCACGUACAAAGCAAAAUCCAAGAAAAAGUGGAUGGACGGGUGUCUGGUUAUAGUUAACAAAAGCCUUGUCCUUUUUGACAGCAAAAACAAAGAAAUAGACGCGUGCACUGUCCAGAGAGUAGAGCUAGAUGGAGACUCCGUUGUGAUGGAGUAUCAUGAAGUGAUGUGCGACGAGAUGGAGGUCCUGAAGAGCAUUGUAAAAGCCUCAGAAAAAGACAGAAGUGCAAAAACAAGAAUAGAGACAGAUAAACACUGUAAAGACGAUAAUAUCAUGGAUCUGUCCAAGGAAGUAGAAGAGACAGUGCAGUAUCCUGCAGAAAGAGCAAGAUCUAAAGAAGACGAAAAGAAGACAAAAAAGCCAGAAGAAACAGAAAAGAUAGUAGAGUGUACGAGCAUGGAUAAGACAGAUGAGUAUGCAGAGAUACUGAAGUGCAGUGAAAUAGACGUAUUUCCUACAAAACACACAGACAUAAAAGAAGAAAAAAGAUCAGACACAGUCUCUCCUCAGAAGUCACGAGAAGAUUUGCUGAGCAUGUUUGCAAAUAUAAAUAGCUCGUAA